AUGUCAGACUCCUCCGAAACCAAAGAGCAGAAGCUCCUCAGCUACAUCACAAACCACCCGGACAUCGACAACCUCCGCAACAACCCCAAGCGCAUAGUCGACCUCAUCGAUGAAUACACCCAGACGACGCACUUCAUGACUGUCGGCGACGAGAAGGGCCCGAUCGUCCUUGAACUCAUCGACACGCACAAGCCGCAGAUUAUGAUUGAGCUCGGUUGCUACGUCGGCUACUCGGCCAUUCUCUUCGGAGACGCUGUGCGCCGCGCCGGCGGGAAAAAGUACUAUAGUCUCGAGCUGAACCCUGAGUUCGCAGCUAUUGCAACUCAGCUCCUCGAGUUAGCCGGCCUGGCUGAUUUCGUAACCAUCCUCGUCGGGCGGAGCGACGUGCUGUUGAAUCAGUUGCACGAGACUGGUGCAGUCAAGCACAUCGAGCUCAUCUUCAUCGACCACUACAAGCCCGCAUACACAACGGAUCUGAAGCUGUGCGAACAGCUCGGCCUCAUCGUCCCGAAUGUCUCGGUCAUCGCAGCCGAUAAUGUGAUCUAUCCCGGCAACCCGCCGUACCUGGAAUACGUGCGGAGUUCAGUCGAGCAGAAGCGGGAGGCGGCCAAGAAGGGCCCCGUCAAGUCAUACACGACCGAGGGGUUUGCGGAGCGCACAGUGCAAUCUUACAUGGGCAGUAACAGCGUGCCGGAGUUUGAGAUUCUCGGGAACCCGAAUUUGGUGUAUGAGAGCGUGUUUAGGCAGCCCGAGGGGUGUCGGGAUGCAAUUGAGGUGACGCGGUGUGUUGGAAUCCAAGAGGCAUGA